GCAGAGGCGCGCGCACACAGCUCCCUUUAACACACACACACACGCACACACACCGAGCCGGACACACUGUCCAUCAGCAGGGAUUCCUCCUCGGAUGAAGGAAACAUCUCAGAUCUCAGACGAGUCCGAGAGAUCAGAAGGCCUGCAGAUCUUCAGUCUGGAGUAGAUCCUGGUGUGGCUCUGUGAACACUAGAGACGAUCUUCAUCCACCAGAGUUCUGCACACAAGCAGUAUGGACACCAUAUUGGACAGUUUCUCCUCGGACAAACUUUUCCCGAAUCCCAACCUGUUGGACCUGGAGGACCUGAACGAGUCCGACUUUCUCAAUAAUGUGCACUUCUCAGAGCAGAUGGAGGAUUUCUCCAAUGAGCUCUUCAACAGCUUUUUUGAUGAUCACCUGCUUGCUGAGAGAACGCCACUGCUGGACAUGGAGCUCGAGCCACCAAACCCUGACAUCCAGCAGGAGCACAGCUACUCCCUCAGCGGAGACUCGGCUCCUCAAAGUCCCUCCAUGCCCAUCAAAUCAGACGACGACACAGAGGGAAUGUGGGCAUUUAGUCAAGACUUGACUGCCAUCCUGGUGAAACAGGAACCCACCCUCCUGUCUGAGACUUCCCCUGGACCAAGUCCUGCCAUGCCCACCUCCAGCAGCUCCACUCAGCCCAUCACCCUCAACCCACCACCACAGAGACGCCACACUCACGACAAGGUGGGACGAGAACAGAACUCAAACACGGUACCUACCAUCAAAGCAGAACCCAAAGAGGUCAACCAGUUCCUCGGUGGUCCCACAGAGGAGCACCUGCAGCUUCCUCCCACUCCUCCAAGCAGCCACGGCAGUGACAGUGACGGAUCUCAGAGCCCUCAUUCGUUGCCUCCGUCCAGCCCCGCCCGCAUGCAGAGCCCACAUUCGCUGGCACCCUCAAGCCCUGCCCACCUACAGAGCUCUCAUUCGCUAGCGCCGUCCAGCCCCACCCGCCAUCCAGCUCGCUCCUCCACAGCCAUCUCCUCCUCACCACUUCUCACAGCUCCUCAUAAGUUACAGGGUACAUCAGGCCCACUGAUGCUGACAGAAGAGGAAAAGAGGACACUGAUGGCUGAAGGUUACCCCAUCCCCAACAAACUCCCCCUGACCAAGACCGAGGAGAAAGCUCUAAAACGUGUCCGCAGGAAAAUCAAAAACAAGAUCUCAGCACAGGAGAGUCGCCGCAAGAAGAAGGAGUAUGUGGAGUGUCUGGAGAAAAAGGUGGAGAACUACACUUCCGAGAACAAUGAACUGUGGAAAAAGGUGGAGACAUUAGAAAGUGCAAACAGGUCUUUACUGCAGCAGCUACAGAAGCUUCAGGCUCUGGUCAGUGGCAAAGUGCCUCGAUCCUGCAAGAUGGCUUCCACCCAGACCGGGACCUGCCUCAUGGUGGUGGCGCUGUGUUUUGUGCUGGUUUUGGGCUCACUGGCUCCAUGCCUACCUGAGCUGUCACUCUACUCUUCCUCCUCCUCCUCCUCCUCCUCCUCCUCCUCACCAUCACACACGGUGAAGUCCGGCCCGCUUCCCACCACUCACCUCUACACCGCCAGCCAGGUCCGCUCCCGCAGCCUGCUCUUCUAUGAGGAGGGUUCCUCGCUGGAGAACAGCCACAGGAGCAUGCUGAGUGUAAAGAGGGGGGAGGGGGAACCACACCAAUACACAAAGGACCUACAAGAGACCCACAAAACGACACACACUCACAUCAGCACCUACCUGAACCCAGCACAGGAACACAAGAACCACAGUGACCCCCCUCUCCUCCACCAAAAACAACACUACCACAACAGAGAGCAUGAUCCUGAUGGAGGAGCUGAGUAUUUCUAACCCCUCCAGGCGGAGCUGCCUCCAUCACCAGGCCUCCGCUGACCCACGCACGACCUCCAGACCCUUCUCCCAGCCCAGUGGCGCUCCCUAGUGUUACCACUCUUUCACCUGAUAUAACCCAUACGUCGUACACCACCAACACACACACACACACACACACACACAGCUUGAACACACUAAUGCACAGAAAGAAACAACAACAAAAAUAAAUCUUCAUCUUCACCUAUCAUUCCUAUUCCUGUUUGUUCCGUUUCCUGAAAAAGCUCCAGCACACCAGUGUUGGUGUUCAGACUGACGCCUGGUGUUCAGAAGAGUUCCUCACAAUGUUUUGGGCCAUAAAUGUUACACAAACAUUGAGAUGUUUCUCCAGCAGUGUUUCAUUACAGGCGAUCUUCAGAUCUUCUAAAAGUCACCUACUGCUGAAACUUGGCUCUAAUCAGUCUAGAUGAUGUGUUGAACAGCAGACGGAAGAACGUUGUAGAACGUUGUGUUGAACACUUCUGGCACAGAAUUCCUCCUUUACCAUCAUUACCGUGUUUUUCUUGAUUUUGUUAUGAACCCCGUCAGAAUCGUUGAGUUGGAGCUGGACUGCACUUGUUUUGCACUAGGAAAAGAAUUGAUUUAAGUGCCUUCAAGUUCUUUUUUUUUCAUGUAGUCAUAUUUAAGAUGUACUAUUUUCCUACCCUCCAGUUUUCUCCUUUAGAUCUUUUUUCAGCGUACUGAGAACGAAUAAAGGUAUUUUAUUUUAUUUUCUUUUUGUACUAUUUUAAAUGUUAAAAUCCAGAUGCCUUUGUACUGAAUUUUAAAGUAUCCAUAAUAUAUUGUAGUAUCUCAGCAUUCCAAAAAGAGCAUGUUUAUUUUAUGCACAAAAAAAAAAGAAAAGUGAAAAUGUUUUGGUUCUUUUUUUAUAUAAUUGUUUUGGAUGAUGUAAGAUUUACAUGAUCUUUUUUUGUCAUAACUGUUAAACAGUUUUUGUGUUAUCUUUAUUCUGUAUAAAGAAACAGAACAUGUGUAUAUAGGGUGACUGAAACAGGGACAAUCAGCAGUAAUCCGUCAUUAUAGUUACAAUUUUUUUUCUUUCUUGCAGAAUUCUUUUAUAGCGAUUUAUUCAGAUCUUACACACAUGUAGGCUGGUGUGUAUUUACUGAUAAUGUGGGGAAUCUGGAUGUGAUGGAAGUGAGGACAUUCAUUAACAUUUCAAACCUACAUCAUGUUGUUCCUGAUGGUGUAAAUCUCAUCAUCCUUCAUCCAGAUCAUCUGAUCAUUCUUGUAAAGGUCCUGUGUAACGUCAGGCGUGUACACUGCAAUGCACAGCUCCACAUCUUUGUAUUUGAUGUUCGAGAUGAUGAACCACACCAAGCUGCUGUGCAGGAAGUGAUUUUUUUGUGUUACACCGUUUAUUGUAGUGAAGAGUUCGGACUGUGUUUUAGCAUUACAUUUGUCUCGUCUAAUUGUUGGUGAAUAUGAAAUUGUGCAGCAUCAUUUAAUAACUUUGGGUUUUUAAAUAAAUAAAUUAGUCCAUCAGGGUGAAAGCCGCAAUCCACAUCUCUGUAGAAGUUAGAAGGACUUUGUGCUGGAUUUCUGUAACUCAAAGAUUUGUGUCUGAAGCAUGUGGAGGAAAUUCUUUGAAGUCCUGGACCUCUGUAUUGUUGGUAUCACCUGUGUCCUCAUCCUUAUUGUUGCCUUUUGUACAUAUCUGACACUGAUGCUCAAUUCUAUGUGUAAAUAUGGAGGAUGUAUUUUUUUAUAUUUCUGAUGGUCUUCACUACGCGUCUGGGUGAGGGUCGUGGGGCCGAUGCUGAACUCCGGCACUGUUUCAUGUUCUUGCUGCAUGUUUCUCUCUGUGCUUUAAACUCCUGUCUGUUUCUGUCCAUAUUAUACCAAAGUAGAGUUAGAAUGAAGCAAAAUACAAAAAUUUGCAGAAGCAA